AUGCGGCAAAGCAGUCUGCACCGGGGCUGGUGCGCUACAGCGUUAAACUUCGAUCUGAUGCCCGUAUCUGCAUAUUAAAAUGCCCUAUUCACUGAAUUUACUAGAUUCCAGCUACUCAAAAACAGGUGAGUGAGUACACUAGCAGGCACGCCAUCUCGGCAGUGUCCUUGCGAGGAGGACAGCCCGCGAGGACGGCCCCGCUCGGAUCCACCCUCCGCGCCGCGGCUGCAGCCGGCCCGGGGAGCGAGGCAGCGAGGCAGCGAGGCUCACACGCGGGCUGACGACAGCGGAAGCCGGGCGGCGGGGCCGGGCCGGGCUGGCAGCCGGGCAGAGGCGGUGCCGCUCCUCCCGCGGCGCCCCGCUUGCCCUGCCCAUCCCGGGGCGUCCCAGCCCUGCCCAUCCCGGGAGAUCCCAGCGCUGCGCGCUCCUGCCGAGAGAAGCCGCCAGGGAGUCGCGCCGCCCCGCUUGGCCAGCAUGUCCGCCCGCUGCUGCGCCGGCCAGUUGGCCUGCUGCUGCGGUACUGCUGCUUGCUCCCUGUGCUGCAAGUGCUGCCCCAAGAUAAAACAGUCAACCAGCACCCGCUUCAUGUAUGCGCUUUACUUCAUCCUGGUGACCAUCAUCUGCUGUGUCAUGAUGUCUACAACAGUAGCUAACGAAAUGAAAACUCACAUUCCCUUCUACAAGCAGAUGUGCAAGGGUAUUCAGGCGGGUGAGAUGUGUGAGAAGUUGGUGGGAUACUCUGCAGUGUACAAAGUCUGUUUUGGAAUGGCCUGUUUCUUCUUUUUAUUCUUCUUGUUCACCAUCAAAAUCAACAACAGCAAAAGCUGCCGAGCAUACAUUCAUAAUGGAUUCUGGCUUAUUAAACUUAUAGUUCUGGCAGCAAUGUGCUCAGGAGCCUUCUUCAUUCCUGAUCAGGACACUUUCCUCAAUGCCUGGCGCUAUGUAGGAGCAACAGGAGGGUUCCUUUUCAUUGCCAUUCAGCUCAUCCUGCUGGUUGAGUUCGCACACAAGUGGAAUAAAAAUUGGACUGCAGGUGCAAACCAUAAGCAGAUGUGGAAUGGUUUGCUUGCCUUGGUCACUCUCAUCCUGUACUCCAUUGCCGUGGCAGCUCUGGUCCUCAUGGCUCUUUUCUACACGCGCUCAGAGGGCUGCAUGUACAACAAGGUCCUGAUCGGAGUGAACGGUGGCCUGUGCCUCUUUGUGUCCCUCGUGGCCAUAUCUCCCUGUGUCCAGAAUCGCCAGCCCCAUUCUGGCUUGCUGCAGUCAGGAGUUAUCAGCUGCUAUGUCAUGUACCUCACUUUCUCAGCACUAUCCAGCAAACCACCAGAAACUAUCCUGGAUGAAAACAACCGGAAUAUCACAAUCUGUGUACCUGAAUUCAGCCAAGGCCUGCACAGAGAUGAAAACCUGGUUACUGGCUUGGGUACUACAAUUCUGUUUGGCUGCAUUUUGUACUCUUGUUUGACCUCAACAACACGUGCAAGCUCAGAGGCACUGAGAGGAAUAUAUGCUACAGCUGAAACUGAAGUAGCUCGUUGCUGCUUUUGCUGUGCGCCUGACGGGGACGCUGAUGCUGAAGAGCGCGUUGAAAAAAGGGGAGGCCAAACUGUGGUGUACGAUGAGAAGAAGGGCACAGUGUACAGUUAUGCCUACUUCCACUUCGUUUUCUUCCUGGCUUCUCUCUAUGUGAUGAUGACAGUAACUCAUUGGUUCCAUUAUGAAAGUGCACAGAUUGAAAAAUUCUUCACUGGAACCUGGUCUAUCUUCUGGAUUAAGAUGGUCUCCUGUUGGGUUUGCGUCUGUCUGUACUUAUGGACUCUUACUGCUCCACUCUGCUGCCCAGCCAGAGAGUUCUCAGUGUGAACAAGUCAAAAGGUCAUAUUAAGAUUUUCUCUUUUUUAAAAAACUUUUUUUUUUUUUUUUGGAAUGAGGAAAUAUGUACUACCCACUUAUCAUAAUGUACCAGUUAUUAACUUUUUAGUCAGACUAAACAAAUGAUUGAAGACUUUUUUUACCUUUUUUUUAAUUAUCAUUUGUUGCCUAAGGGAACAGAUCUGUUUUGAAACUUUACAUUGCUUAUGUGUGGUGUGUAGAAAACACAAUUGCAUAAACUGGAAUAAGUGAAAUACUCUUCAAAUAACUGACAAUCCUUCUCUGGCUUCAUUGACAAGAAAAGGAAAACUCAUGGUGCAGAUGGUAUCUUCUUACUUCCUGUGCAUGUUUGGUAUCUUCCAGCAAAGAUGCAUUCAUUUCUUUUUAUACUCUUUCAUUAACUGUUUAUUUUACAGUUUGCAGUGAUGAUUUGGACUGCUGUUUUGUACAGCAUAUAAUUCUUGUGAGUAGUAUCCAGAUAAUUUUUUUUCCAAAAACAUACCUAAAUACUUCUGUAGAAAUAAGAGAAUAUAUGAAAUUUGGCUGCCAAAGCAUCUACUAAAAAUGGUUUAUCUAAGGAUUAAAUAUAUUAAGUUAUUUUAUACCUAGAUAGAGAAAGGAAUGUAUCAGUGAUAGUAAAGUAUUUAUCAAUACUUUAAAGGCACCUGGAUAUUUUACACAAUUCAAAUUUAGCCCAGUUAAUAACUGAAGGGGAGUUCUACACACAAAUUCUCAAACUGAAUUUUGUCCAAGUUUGCUUUGCCAGGUCACUCAAAGGUUGAGUGUACUGCAUGGGGAUGUAAGAUAAGGUACAUUCUUUAUUCAUAUUGUUUACUGUUGUGAAAAUGAUAGUUAAGGGAGCACUGCUAGUGGCUGUUAAAUUUAAAAGUGGGGUGCUAGUUUUCUUUGCUGCCCUGCUGUUUAAAGACCUUGUCUUUAAAGGUCUCCCAGGUCUUCAGUUCUGUUUCCAUGACUGGUUUUAUAAUAUUUUAGAUGUAUUGAUGUUCAGAAAAGGACUAUAGUGUGUCAACAUCUUUUCUCCUUGUGUCUUGAUUGGAAAGUAUUUUUUCUAACUGCUGUAUUUUUAUACUCCUCUGUUGAUAUUAGCUUUGCUGUUGGGAUGGGACUUAGCCAACCAAUAUAUUAAUGGAGACAGAAGUUCUUUUAUAGAACUCCUAUUUCAAGCACUGGAGUAAGCAGUCUGAAAAGCAAAACCAGAAGACACAAAUAUAACAAGCAACUGCCUUAGUACAAAUGACUUGACAAUAUUAAACACUACCUUGUCACCUGUUUCUAAUUAAUUUAAGCAGAUUAUUUGGUGGUAAAACAACAGCUCAGAUGCCCUGAAUGCUGAAAAUGGUUGAGCUAGUCCUGGUGGUUUUUGUUUUACCUCUCUUGACAUGUAUAUUCACAUGCACGUACAGUGUAAAAUAUCAACCAGUUUAGCAGUUCUAUUUUUAAAUACUGUGAUUGAGCCUUAAAUCUUCACCCACUGCUUCCUGCAAAUUAAAGAAAAGCACAACAUGGAGGCCACUGGGUUGGCCAAAAGAUUUGCAUGCUUUAGUUUUUCUGUUGGAAUAAUUAAUGGCUAAUGCCCACCUGUUGAGUAAUCCUAACACAUUGGAUCUUGAUUUUGGUCUGGUUUUCGUUACCAUUUUUAGCUGCCUUGUUGUUACGGUAUCCCAGGGCUUCUGUCCUGUUUGGAGCUUUCUAGGGAUGUGAUCUUCCCCACCCUUGCACUCUUACCUGUAACAAAAUCUUCAGGUCUGCAGUCCUGUGUACUUAUGCCACCCAUCCCAGCAAUCAGAGGCUCAAAAUACAUGUCCUGAAAUCUGAGGGAAGAAGGAGUCUGUCCAGCAGUGACUGCCUUGUUCUUCUUGUUUGCACCAAGAGUUAAAAAAGCAGUUGAAGCUGGGCUUUGACACUGAGUGAGAACAGGGAGCUUUGACAUAAAGCUCUGGACAGGGAGGCAGGUUUUUCUCUUUCCGUUUGCUUCUGCUGGGAGGUUCUGAUCCUGCCAGGAGUUCUGCUAGCAUGGAGACUUGUCAGAACAUUUCUGCCUGCUUUUAGAAUCUCGCUACGCAGAUACUUCUGCAGCUGAAAAAGGUCUUUGUUAAUGCUUUUUCAAUCCAGAAGCAUUUAUCUGUCCAAUCUCUAAGAUAAGAGCUUGUGGGCUGUGCAGUGAUGACUAACAGUUGUCCCAUCUAACUCACAGCAGCAGUUCUGACAAACAGUUUUCAUCCAGUGCUGUAGUUGCGUGCUGCAACUGAAAUUGUCGAGGCGCAUACCUUGCCUGAUCCUAAGAGGUGUGUAAGAUUUGCCUUCUAGUGCCAUAUAUGUUGUACUAUGAGAAACCGAGUUGGGAUUUGUAUUUGUUUGUUUUGAUGUUUCUGUGGGGUUUGUUUGUUUUUGUUUUGUUUGUUUGUUUUCCUAAAUUAGCCAUGUUUUUUGCAACAGAACAAUCAGGGAAAGGAGUUUUACAGAGGGAGGCAUGCACCACAUCAAGUCGUAGGGCAAGGAAAGGUUCCUGUUGUCUGGCUCUGAUAGCAGGCAUCCCCAUCACAAAUGUGGACGUUCUUAAUACUGAUAUUGGUCCUGGAUGUUCUUGUUUACAGAAACAAUUAUUUUAUGUAGUUUUUGCUUCAGGGCUUUCUGCACCUCCUUGUGCUUUUUUUUACCGUUUAUGUUUAGGGAAACAGGUUUUGCAUGGAGGAAACAAAGCUGUAAAAAGAAAGUCCACAGUGAGGCAUGAGUCCAUCCUUAGACAGCACUCACCUCACCUUAGGUGUCUAGCUCUGCAGGUAUACAUAGUGUGGGAAUAGGGCAGUGCCUGUUUACACAGUUUUGUCUAGUUUGAGCAAAUGUUUUGGGGGAAAUCCCCAAAAAUAAAUAACUUUGAGGGCCUAUGUGUCCAUGGUGUUCCAGAUCCAGUUAUGGACUUCCAGGCCUUUUUAAGGCAUCAGUAACUAGUAGCACUUGGGUGUGCAAAGACUCUAGUUCCUCACCAAGACAACGCUUCCUGCUGGCCAGGUAAAUAUUGCAGCCUUAGUGUUUGCUGUAAAAUCCGUACUGUGAACUUCCAUGUGCAACUACAUAAUAAAGUCCUCAGCUCGGGUCAAGGAAUCAAAUUCCCAGCCCAUGGAUUCCAAACAGUUCAUGCUAAUGGGCUUUAAAAAAAAAAAACAACAAACAUUUUAAGAAGUGCCUUCAUACCUACUGCUGUGAUAACUAUUAAUUCAGGUGGCACUAGAACUGGAAAACCUGGACUGAGCCUGUGGCUACGUGAUGCUGCCUUGUACAGGACACCAGUGUGUGCAAGGCACAGUCAGACCCGGGGUGCACAUGGAAGACAAAACAAUCUGUGUUUGACAAACUUUUGGGGAUAAGACUGCUUCAGGUAUUACUGUGCAGUGGAAAAUUAAGUGGGAAAACUCACAAGUAGCCUGAUGCUUUUGUAAAUAAUUGAUCAGUUUCACAUUUAAGCUGUAGAGAGUUAACUUUCUCUCCCCAUACCUGAAAGUGCGGGUGACUGUCUGCUGAGGCAGUUCACGACAUGGUGUCUAUCCUGCCUUGUACCAUGAUUGUUCAUUGAAUUUGUUCCCAGAUGUAAGCAGUGCAGCGCUUCUGUCUCCUUGUGGUCUUGGGCUGUUUGAAGUGGGGAAGCUUACAAAGAGAGCAAGACCAGAGAGCACGUCCUAUACUAAAUUUCCUCUAUUUAAAUUUGAUUAACUAAUGCUAUCUGUAGUAGACUCCUGGAGGGAUAGACAGCAUUGACAGAAGUCCUGCUGGGAAGGUGAAACAAUUUUGUAGGCUUUUUUCUACUUCUUCAAAUUUUCAUAAAGAUUAUUUGGGAGUUCAAUGCUGCACUAUCAUCUGAGCCUGGAACAAUUUUACUUUGCUCGUACAGGCAACCAGGAGCUGCAGUCAUGACUGGUUCUUGUUGGGAGUAAAAUAAGUGGGACAGACUUGGAGAGCAAGUGUCUGAAUCCAAGUAACUGGACUAACAAAUGAGGCUGUGUGGAAAGCAGAUGGGUAUGCUUGUUUGCUGCUUGCCGCAUAGUUCCUCAGAGUGUGCAGGCAGCCCUUGGAGCUGGAUGCCAAGUAAGCAGCUCCACUGCAAUCGCACAUCAAAGAUAUUGCAUGUUGGUGAUGCUCUCAGCUUUCUCCUUCGAGCCUUUCCAUGAGGUACAAACAGCUUGUACAUGCCCAGCUAAUGUGAUAAAUCCUGGCUGGCUUGGGCUGCUUUCCUCUGAAAUGCAGAAUUCACUGUUGCUAAUGUAGGCAUAGUCUGGAGAAAGGGUUUGUCCCCUUGCAGAAUCAUAAACACUGCAUGUCUAUUUAUUUAUUUAUUUCAUGGUUUUAGCACCUUUUUACAAGUCUAUAAGUGCUUUGAGAUUAUAAAUUACACGUGUGCAAUUGCUUUGUCAGCUACUGCUGCAGCCAUUUCUGGGCUAGAACAUUGCUAUUAAUGAAGCAACUGUUGCACUUGUGAAAAAGCUGGGUUUUAACAGUUCUUUGACUUUGAAUGAUGACAUCAGGAAAAUUUGGGUACUUAAGAUAGUGCUGCUUGAACUUUGGCUAACAGCCCACAGUAUCAUGGGCAUCUCUGAACAGAUCAGCAACAAAGUAAUCCACUGACUGUUUUUAAACUGUGCUGUAAAUCUUUUAUAAACUGCUAGGCUUUUCUCCUAAGUUGAUGAAGCAAAAUACCACAAGACUGUACCUUUGCGGAGAGAUGAGUUGAGAUUAUCCACAGCUAAAAUUUUGCUCUCGUUUUCCUUCUGGGCUUUCUAAGCAGUGUCUUUUGCUCAGAGGCUGUAUGUCCUCAUUUUACUUGCCUUUUUCUCCUUGGAUUUGUUUUUAAAGGCAGUGUAAGCCUCCUUCAUUCCCAGACAACCUGCUGCCUGUCAAAUGGGAUGUUUUUGGUGCUAGAAACUCUGAAAAAGACCUCUUUGCCAGUCUUAAAGAUCCUUUCCUUUUCAUAGCAGAAAGGGAAGAAGCAGAGUCAAGGAUCACGUUUAUUAUGUGGAUCAGUUUCCUUCUGUGAUAACUGCUUCUUUGUUUUUUGAAGUGGCCUACGAAUUCUUGUGGGAGGAAAACACAUAAUGGACACCAUGACAUUUUACUUGUGUUUUUCAGUUUUGUAAACAGUAGUUAGAGUUCAGUGUUUCACAAGACUUUACAAGUGAAUGCCAGUGGUCAAGUGCUUAGAAAGCUUUAGCUUUUUUUACUUGGAACAGGAUACAUAGCUUGGGAGCUGGUAUGUCUCUUCAUUUUCUCCAUCUUCAUGGCAGAGUGCCCAGGUGCUCCAGGACGGGGAUGUAGACACACUGUACUGAGUUUGAAGCAGCAACUUUGAGAGACUGGCAUGAUGACUGCUUUUGAAUGUCCAAGGAAAUUCUGUAGAUUUCAAGUAGACCUUAAAUCCCCUUUCUUCAGGGUUUUUUUAUCGAAUCCAGAUUUGAUUCUUUCCACACCUCUUUGAUAAUGUUGUUUUUAAAAACUUAGACGAUGUAAGCCAUGUUGGCUUCCCCGCUCCCUGCCAGUCUCUGAUAGUUCCCAGUGCGUAGUGUACAGACAUUUUCACAGACUUGUUCAGAUCCACACUCAUCAGCCUUGAAACCACUCCAACAGCCUAAAGCUUCCAGGGCUUUUGCUCACCAGAGCAGCAGGGUGCAGCACUGCAGCCACGCUUUUGCCAAAGAAGCCUCAGCGUGAAGCCAAGAAGAAAGCACGAAGCCAAGAAUUUUGGAAAACUAUGGGGAAAUAAUGGAUCAUUUGACAUACCACAGCUUUAGUUCUCCUCUUACCGAUACAAGUCCAGGUGCUUAGGCAUCCUUUGGACACCAUGCAGACUUUAAAAAGUGCAUAGAAUUAACUUCCAGAUGAAAUCCUUCUACUUUUGUAAUAUACAAGCUGAAGAAAGAUUUACUAGGAACAUAUGGGUUCAGUGUCUGUUUUUUGUUCACCACUGAUGCAUGGUGUUUGGUCUCAUAUAUGCCAUGUUCAAAAACUGGAUGCAAGAUAGUCAAAAUAUAAACACAUUUUCUUAAUGGUGAGGGGAUUUUAAUUAGUCUUUUUCAAUGUUCUUAAUAUCUCAAGGGAACUUUUUGGUGUGUAUGUGUGGUUUUAUUUUAUUAAGCUGUAGCCCAGUGAAGUGGAAGUUUGCUAGUUUAUUUAACUUUUUUGCAAGUGUUGUGGUCUUUAGUAACUGUAACAGUUCGACUUUUAAGGAUUGGUAAAGAUUCCAGAAUUGUAAGAUCUCACUUGUAAAAUAGUCAACAGCUUUGCCUUUUUAGCAUGUUAAUAGUUUUUAUGGACACUUCCUUUUGUAUACUGAGUGAAUGUAUUGUUAUAGAUUUAAUGUUAAUGGACCAAUAAAAUUUUUCUUACAUUUGAAA